AUGUCCCAGGGGCCUAUGGGUCUUCUGUCUGGGACCUAUGGGUCUUCUGUCUGGGGCCUAUGGGCCUCAGGGAAAGCAGAUUAUAACAGUGAGGGAUCUAUUCCUUGCCUGAAAAUUAAGGUCUGUCCAAAGGACAGGAAAUCCCAGCGGGCCUAACUAGAGAUGGGAGAAUGUUACAGCAUGAACUCUGUAGUCCCAUAUUCUGAAAACACAGAGAACUACAGCAUGCAGCCUGAAAAUUCAGAGUCAGAUGUACAACCAAAUGAUGAAGUACUGAGAAAGUCCUUGGACACUGAAUGAAUGUCAUUUGCUUUGACCCAACUCAAAUUUGUGAACAUUUGCCUGAAGGAAGUAGAAGAAAAGGCUAAAGCUCUGUCUAAACAGUUUUCAGCCUCUGAAAGAACAAAAUCAAAACUUCUUGAGCAAGUUAACUGGCUGGAGGAAAAACUAGAAGCUGUGGAUCUUAAGGAAGCCAAUAGGGAACCAUAUGAAAAAAUAGUUCUCAUGAAAGACCAGUACAUUGAGAAGCUUCAAGCUGAAAUAAAGUCUUCCCAGAAACAACUUAAAAUCCAUAAACUAAAGCACAAAAAGAAACUGAAAAAGCUACAAAUUGAUUUGGCAAUAACAAAGCAAGAGGCUGCCAUCAAGGCGUUGUAACUCAAUGAGAAGAUAAAGAAGCUCUGUGAAAAAGAGCCAGCCCCUAUAGCAGCUGACUUGCUGGACGGGUGCUGCGAGGGUCUCCUGCCUGUGGAAGAAGUUGACAGGAAAAUCAGCUUGAUUAUGGAGCUGUCGACACAGCUUUCCCUUCAGACUGAGAGGGUCAUUCAGCUGGAAGCAGCUCUGGAAGAAAAGGAAAGGAAGAUUCAGCAGCUGGGAGCUGAGCAAAGUUGUCAUCUUUCCCAAGAGGUCGAGGACCCCCCAAAUUGUUUAGAAGAUGCCCCCAUUUUCUCUACUAGCCUUACUCCUGUGGUCUCUGAUGAAGAUUUGUGA